AUGAGCGAAACUGGCGCCUACAUCCACGGGCACUCGGCUGAGGUGCUCAAAGCCCACGCGCGACGCACCGCAGCGCGCGACGCGGCGUACCUGAUCCCGCACCUGCGGCCCGACUUUCGCAUCCUCGACGUGGGGUGCGGGCCGGGGACCAUCUCGGCGGACCUGGCGGCGCUGGUGCCGGCGGGGCGGGUGACGUGCGUGGAGCUGGGGGCGGGCGCGCUCGAUGCGGCGCGGCAGACGUUUGCGCAGCGGGGCGUGGUCAAUGCCGACUUCGUGGUGGGCGACGUGACGGCGCGCCAGGGCCUGCCCUUCGCCGACGCCAGCUUCGACGUGGUGCACGCGCACAUGGUGGUGAUCCACCUGGCGCAGCCGGCGGCCGCGCUGCGCGAGAUGCGCCGCGUGGCCAGGCCCGGCGGGCUCGUCGCCAGCAAGGACAUGAUCAUGGCGACUACGACGUGGUUCCCGGCCGACACGCGCCUGGCCCUCUGGGAGCGCGGUAUUACGGCCACCAUCGCCGCCACCGGCGCAGACCCCCAGAUGGGCCGCGGCCUGCGCGCCGCCGCCCUCGAGGCCGGGUUUGCGCCGGACAAGAUCGACGCGCGCGCCAGCUGCUGGAGUUUCGCCGACGACGAGGCCGUCGCGUUCUGGGGCCGCAGCUGCGCGGCGAGGAUGGCCCCGGGAAGCGAGCUGAGGAAAAACAUUGUCGCCGGCGGGUACGCGACGGAGCAGCAGGCGGACGAAUUUGUAGCCGCGAGCCAGGGUUGGGUCGCGGAGGCUGGCGCUUGGUUUGGGUGCAUGAACGGCGAACUGCUGGCCUGGAAGUGA